AAAAAAAAAAAAAAAGAAAUGUCUGGAGAAUUAGCUGUAUUAAGUGUAUCAAACAAAAAUGGUUUGAUUGAUUUUGCUAAAAAACUUCAUCAGGCUGGAUUAAAAUUGGUGGCAAGUGGUGGUACAGCCAAAGCAAUUCGUGAUGCAAGUAUGCCUGUGACGGAUGUAUCAGCUAUAACUGGUGCUCCAGAAAUGUUGGGUGGUCGUGUGAAAACAUUGCAUCCGGCUAUUCAUGGUGGUAUUUUGGCACGAAAAAUUGCUUCGGAUAUGCAAGAUAUGCAAAAACAAAACUAUCAAUAUAUUAGUGUUGUUGUAUGCAAUUUGUACCCAUUCGUUCAAACCAUUAGCCGUGAAGGAGUUUCGGUGGAAGAUGCUGUCGAACAAAUCGAUAUUGGUGGUGUUACAUUACUUCGAGCUGCUGCCAAAAAUUUUGCACGUGUCGCUAUUGUUUGCGAUCCAGCCGAUUAUCAAAUAGUUGGUGAUGAACUGUUGUCCAAUGGAUCGAUUUCAGAAGAAACACGUAAACGAUUGGCUAUAAAGGCUUUCAAUCAUACUGCCGAAUAUGACGAGGCCAUUUCGAAUUAUUUCCGCAAACAAUUCAGCAAUGGUAUCUCACAGCUUAAUCUUCGUUAUGGAAUGAAUCCGCAUCAAAAACCAGCUCAGAUAUACACAAUGCGUGACCGAUUACCAGUCACUGUUGUAAAUGGAGCUCCAGGUUUCAUUAACCUUUGCGAUGCUUUCAAUGCAUACCAAUUGGUACGAGAAUUAUAUCGAGCAUUGAAUAUGCCAGCAGCUGCAUCAUUCAAACACGUAAGUCCUGCUGGAGCUGCCGUAGCUGUUCCUUUGAGCCGUGAACAGCUUAAAGUCUGCAUGGUCGAUGAUAUCGCUAAUGAUUUGACACCAAUAUCUACCGCUUAUGCUCGUGCUCGUGGUGCCGAUCGAAUGUCAUCAUUUGGUGAUUUUGCUGCUUUAUCACAUAAAUGUGAUGCUACUACAGCUCGAAUCAUUUCGCGAGAAGUAUCUGAUGGUAUCAUUGCACCAGAUUACGAUGAAAAAGCAUUGGAAAUUUUGAGGAAAAAGAAAAAUGGUGCUUACUGUAUUCUGAAAAUGGAUCCUGAUUAUGAACCCAAAUUGACCGAAACAAGAACAUUGUUCGGUAUUUAUAUGGAACAGAGACGAAACGAUGCAGUCAUCGAUGAAAAUAUGUUUAGCGAUGAAAAAGUUAUCGUUAAAUCUGGAGAGCUUACUAAAGAGGCUCUUCGUGAUCUUAUCGUUGCUACGGUUGCUGUUAAAUAUACACAAUCCAACUCUGUAUGCUAUGCUCGUGAUGGUCAAGUUAUUGGUAUUGGUGCUGGCCAACAAUCACGAAUUCAUUGUACACGAUUGGCAGGAGAUAAAGCAGAAAAUUGGUGGCUUCGUCAACAUCCGAAAAUCAUAAAUGCUCAAUUCAAAAAAACGGUAAAACGAGCCGAAAUUUCUAAUCUUAUUGAUGCCUAUGUACUUGGAGUGGUUGGUACCGAAAUGGAUCAACAAACAUUCAACAAUUCAUUCGAAAAUCCACCAUCAUUAUUGACCGAGGCUGAACGAAAAGAAUGGAUAGGCAAAAUGAACAACGUAGCCAUCAGUUCAGAUGCCUUCUUUCCUUUCCGUGACAAUAUUGAUCGUGCUCGUCAAUCCGGUGUCAAAUAUAUAGCCAGUCCGGGUGGCUCAGUUGGUGAUAAAUCUGUCAUCGAAGCUUGUAAAGAACAUAAUUUGACAUUGAUACACACUAAUACUCGACUAUUUCAUCAUUAAGUUUUUUUUUAAUUUUAUUUCAACAAAAUAACAUGGAAAGAAUAAAAUAUAUGUAAUAAUAAUAA